AUUUCCCGCUUGACUUUCGAGCCAAAAUGGCGGAAAACCGCGAUACUUUUUAUUCGAGAUUUAUUCAAAACGUUAUCUAUUGGUUUUACUGAUAACUUUAGUAGCGAUUGCAACUGCAGGUAGUUGAUGAGAAAGAGGCCAAAUUAUAAGGAUUACACUAUUAAAUAAGAAUACAUAAAUUUGCUUAAAAUGCUGCAUAUAAGAAGUACAUAACCUCCUCUAGCAGAUGUCUCUACUGUUAGAGUUAAAUCGUUCCAAAUGUAGUUGGCAAAAAUGGUAUUUUGCCAAACCCGAUAUCGCAUUCCACCCAGAAAAAAAAGUGACAGCAAUACAUAACUUAACACGUUAGCAAAAAGAGUUUCCCAAUAAAACAGCUAAGAUAUCAUCAUGAAUGAAGAAAAGAAAACAAGCGUAAAACCGCCUCUUGACCGAUUAACACGAUUUAUUUACCUAAACACUGAAAAGCCAAGAUUUAUCAGUGGGAAUCCUGAGGUUCAUAACAAAUUUUUACCAAACGAAGUGACUUUUAAUAACGAAAUUAAUUCCUCUGAGUGUCAAAAAGUUCCAGUUUUAAUACAAUCACUUUCAAAGAAAAAUAUUCCAUACAAAGAAGCCGUUUUUUUCGCUUUAGUCUCAUUAAUACGAUCGCGUACAGCUGAGAAAUUUAAUCCGCACGAUUUAUAUACGGCGGUUUUAAAUCAAUUUGAUUGCAACGAAGAUUUAUUUUCGUUUGUUAAAUGUUAUCGGGCACAAGCUAAAAAUAUACCGAGUGGUUUAAAAAAAAUUAUUGCUGCUUAUUAUUUUCGAAAAGAACCUAUGGAGUUGGUUAAAACCGUCACGGAAAGUAAUAGUUAUCACGGAUGGUCGCAUAAAGAUUUAUUUAAGUUGAUCCAUUACAAAACGGAUAAUAUUUUAUUUGAUUUAAUCAUAAAAUAUGUUUUAUUCGGUAUGGAAAGAGCUCUAUCUUCUUCUGGAGGUACAAAAGAAGAAAACGAAAUUUUAGAUUAUUUAAAAAAAAUCGAAACUUUUAAAAGAUCUGAAGAUGAACAAUUCGCGAUUGAAUGUUUCAACGAAUUGGAGAUUAGCAAGGUUAAACAGCUUCCAGGAAAGCUAAAUAAAUCUUACAUUGUUUGGGAAGCUUUAAUUCCAAGAUUAUCACUUUCCGAAUUGAUUCAGAAUCUCCCAAAAUUGUACAAAAUGGGAUUUUUAAAACAAGGAACUCUACAUGAUAAAGUAAUCGAAAUUUUAUUGGAUAAAAAAAGAAUUGAAGCUUCGAAAAUCCAACCAAUUGAAGUUUUUAUUGGAUUAAAAAAUUUAGAAAAAGGCGGAAAACCAAAAGAUCCUAAUUUAAUAAAAUACCUACUAAGUAAAGAAGAUAUUGAAAUGAAGGAAAAACUUGACAAGAAACCAAAUUUUGCGCACCAAGAACCAGCAAAAUGUGCCCAAGUAAUAUCUGCUUUACAAAAAGCUUUCCAAACGUCGCUUUUGAAUCUUUGUCCUAUGUCUCGAAACGUUAUGAUUACCGUUGAAAUUCAAGAUAAAAUGAAUGAGCCGUGUUUAACUACGAAAAAUGUUACGAGAAUUGAAGCUGCCGCUUUGGUUAUAUUGUGUAUGAUUAAAAUGAUUAGAAAUUAUACGGUGGGCGUUUUUAAUGGAAAUGGCAUAUCAACGAUGCAAUUCGAAAAAAAUGCAUCUAUUGGUCAAAUAAUAAAAAAAUUAAAAGAAGCACACCACGGUCAAGCGAAUUUUAAUACACCUUUUGAUUGGGCAAAAAAGAAUAAAAAAUCAAUCGAUUUUUUCAUAAAUAUUUUUAUGACAUCAACGUUUUGUGUCGUCCCCGAUCAAGAUCAACGAUUAAAAACGGGAUAUGAAAAUUAUUGUAAAGAAUUAAAAUUACACGAUAUAAGAGUUAUACAAUUCGCGCCAGCUUCGCACAGGUUGGAUUAUGCUUCAAGCGUGGCCGAUUCAAAACCAUAUCUGGACGUUUGUGGUUUUGAUGUAAACACUAUGAAAGUAAUUGAUGGGUUUAUGAACUAUUUGUUUUAGUUUGUAAGCGAAUUAUGCCAUUUAAAACGGUAGUUAAUCAUUAAUUUUAAGAAAAAUCUGACGAGACCUCCGAUGAAAAUGUGUUCAAAAAUUGCAUUCAAAAAAAAAAAUAAAUAAAUAAAUAAAAAGGACAAAAACAAGGAAGUACAGUAUGCAAAAUCCACAUUUGGACAUCAUCCGAAAUAUUAGAAAAUUACGAAUUACGCAAGAAUGGAAAUUUCAAAUAUUUUUCAUGUUUUAUUUCACUUAGAAAAGUAUUUGCUUGCUCAAGUUGAUUUUAAUCAAAUCAAACACUGCGCUGAAUGCCUAUUUGCUUAAUAACAACACUUAAACACCUCGGCAUUAAUUCCUCUAGUUUAGUGGUUAAUUGAAGUAAUAUUUCAAUUUCUUCUUGAAUAUUGACAAUAGGAUUAAGAUCUGGGCUGUGUUUUGAGGUGCUCUGAAUUGUUGUACACGAUUUAAAGUCUAGAAUCUUGCACGGUAUGCUCCGAAUCAUUAUCCUGUUGAAACAUAAAAUCUCGUAACAUCCCAAUUUUUCUGCACAUUGCUCAUUUUUUUUUCAAAAUGUUUAUACACCCCUUCGCAGUCAAUAAUCCAUCUAUAAAAUGAUGAUUUCGGACUUCCACUACUGAAAAAGAUUCCCAUAUCUGUAUAUAACUGUUAUUUUGCUCUCAGAAGGUUAAGAACUGCUAAUAGAAGACUAAAUAUUAAUUGCAGAAACUGAAUAUCGUUGACAGAAGCAAAAUUCUGCUAAAGGCGAACUAGAUAUUGCUAAUGAAAGAUUAAAUAGCGUUUGCAGAAGACUACUUACAAUUUGCACAAGACAAAAUAUUGGUGGUAAAAGACUACUAUUAGCAGAAGGCUUAAACCUGUUUCGCAGUCAAUAUUUCAUCUAUAAAAUGAAAAUUUCGGACUCCUGUCGCUGAAAAACAUCCCCAUAUCAUCACCAAAAUAUUGAAUUUAGUCUCCUAUGUGAAAAUUACCAUUUACCAGAAUAACCAACCAAAUAAAUGGGAAUGUAUUUUCGAAAUGUUACAGUUUUUAUUGUUUAAGGAUGUCAUCUGCUUCCUGUUGUUAAUAAUUUACGGUAAGUUUUCAAUUUUUGCAAAGAGAAUACUAAUCAAUUUGAAUACAAUAUCAACACAUUAAUUUAUUACGGCAAAUUCUCGAUAUGGGAAAACAUUUAUAUAAUGAAAUGGUUCAAGUAAGAGAAAGAUGAAUAAAAUCUGCUGGCAGAGAAUUAGAUACUGUUUUCAGAACACUUAAUACUACUGGGAGAUGACUAAUGGAAGACUAGAUAGCGUUUGCAGAGGACUACUUAUUGUUUGUACAAGACAAAAUAUUGCUCAUAGAAGACUAGAUACCGUUUCUAGAAGACUACUGUUAGCAGGAGGCUUAAACCUGUUUGCAGAUAAUCACUAAUAGAAAACUAAAUAUUGUUUGCAGAAACUGAAUAUCGCUGACAAAAGCAAAAUUCUGCUAGCAGCGAACUGAAUACUGCUAGUGAAAGACUAAAUAGCGUUUGCAGAAGACUACUUAUAGUUUGCACAAGACAAAAUAUUGGUGGUAGAAGACUAGACACUGUUUCUAGAAGACUAGUAUUAGCAGAAGGCUUAAACCUGUUUCGCAGUCAAUAUUCCAUCUAUAAAAUGAAGAUUUCGAACUCCUGCCACUGAAAAACAUAGUUGUACACGAUCCAAAGUCUAGAAUGUAGUGGGGUAUGCUUCGAAUCAUUGUCCUGUUGAAAGAUAAAAUCUCGUAAACAUCCCAAUUUUUCUUUGUUCAUUUGAAAGUUCAGUUGACAUUCUAGCUACUUCAAAUUUUUAUAAUAAUUCAACAAACUUUGAAGUUUUUUCAAAAGUACAGUGCUUAACAAUGAAAUUGGGGACAAAACACGAUUAAAAAUCUUGCAUAACAGUAGUUAUCUACACGAUAAUAUAAAAAUCUUGCAACCUGUUUGAAUACAGUUUUUACUGUUAAUAAUCUUUCGCGUACAAUUGUCAACUGUAUACGCAGGGGAAGGUGUUGUACCUUGGACCAUUUUAUUUCUAAAGCUAAUAUUUCAAUAUUUAUUAGUUAUUGCUGUAAGGGAUAAAAUUCAAGGUUGCAAUCGAAAGAUGAGUAAUCUUUGAAAGAAAAAAUGUGGUUUCAUCCAAGGUACAAUACAGGGUUGUACCUUGGAACAACGUUGAAUGUACCUUGUACCAAUUAGUAACUGAACAAGAUAGAACAUGCAGAACUCGAAUAAAUGUUGAACUCAAUGCCCUAGUUGGUGAUGCGGACAUAGGCAGAUUUGUUAAAUUUCAGCGAAUUAGAUGGCUGAGACACAUAAGAAGAAUGGAAGACGAAAAUCCUUACAGAAUGGAAACCAACAGAGCUAAGACCUCGUAAAAGAUGAUUAGAUGACGUGAAGGAUGACUUGAAGGCGAUGGGAGUGAGAAACUGGCGAAGAGUGGCUAGGAGUAGAUGGGAAUGGCGUGGAAUUGUUGUGGAGGCCAAAUUCCCCCAAGCUUUGUAGAGUCAAACGAAGAAGAAGAAAUAGAUGAUAAAAUGUGACAAGUACCUACCAUUAUCAAAAAGAUAUAAAUAAUCUUUGGAAGUAUUUACAUAGAUACAUUUUUAAUUACAAAACAUUAUAUUGACUAAAGUCAACUAAAAAGAUAAUUUUUUCUCUGGUAUUGUUGACAAUUCAAGGGUAGCUGGAGUGGGAAGAUAUAAUAGUAUCAACAAAAAGACAUCUCCAUAGACUAGAACAAAGUUUCUGGCUGCUUUUGUACCAACUAUUUUUUUUGUAAAAUUGUAUCCCUCAUCAAUUUUAUUCACUAUUCUGACCACAAAAUGUUUUUUGGCUUUCUAGUGUAUUAGUACAUAAUCGUUUUCUUGAGUAGAGCCGAUUUUGGAAGACAAUGUACAGUUGUAUUUGACGCUUCGUCAACAUUAUAAAUUUUGCUUAUCUCAAUUUUAUACCACGUUAAGCGUGUUGUUGAAGGCUGUAGCAAGUGAAAGGCUAAUAGGCUCAAGCUUUUGAAGGCUUAUUGUUGGAUGUUGGAAGACAAUCCACUUCCUACCAGCUUUUCCUUCUUUAAUCCAUGAAUCUGGUAUAUCUUUUUUAUUUGCAACACUAAUUUUUGUAUUUUUGUCGUCACUUAUUUUACAUCUAUUAGUAAGUAGUUAGUUGCUUAGUAUUAGUAGUUAGUUGUUACAUUUAACUGGUAUGUAAAAACGUUGUUACUAAUUAAUUGAAAACUUUUCAAAGCACGAAGUGGUGUUGCCUUAGAAAUUUGGUUAUUUACAUCGAAUUGACCAACAGAGUGUAGACCAGUUGUUACAUGUAUCUUGGACUGGUCAAAGGUACAAACUUGUUUUAUAAGUAAAACUACUACAAGUCCAUGGUACAUUUGGUCCAAGGUACAACACAUUUCCCUAACCAAGACAUUCACUUUUGCUUUUACUCUUCUAAGUGAAAUAAAUCAUCAAAAAUAUUUGAAAUUUAUUCUACUAUUUUUGAGUAAUUCGUGAUUUUCUAAUUUUAUGUGGGUGUGCGAAUACGAAUUUUGCAUACUGUAAAUAAACUAAAAAAACAUUGUUUUUAAGCAAAAAUAAUAGUGAUGAAAAUGUUCUGUGAUCCUCUUUAUGUUUAUCUUUUUAAAUAGGGGAAAAAGUAAUAAAAAAAUUUUAAAAUAAGAUACAAAAACUGGUCGAAAAACGAAAAAUAAAUAUUAAUAUAAAAUAAAAUAGUUUGAGGAUUUAGUAUUUUUACAUGAUCAUACUAAUUAAAUUAAGAACUUACUAAGCAAUUAGGAUAUAAGUUUUAAAUUAAACUAAUAAUGAUAAAAUCUUAUUAAUAUUAACUAAUAAUCAUAAUUUUUUUUCUUUAUGAUUAAUUUUUAGAGAAUAAGGUGCUUAAUCAACUUGUUUUUUUAGGUAUAUCUUAAUUAAUCUUAAUCAUGUUUUAUGUUUUUUUUUUUAAUUAUUAUCUAAUUUAUUAAAUGAGUCAGUGGCCUUAUAUUUUUUGUUAUAUCUCGAAAGAAAAAAAACCAUCUCAUGGAAAAGAAAGACUGUUGUUAAGUUUUGUUAUUUAGGUUUUUUGGCUAAAAAAAUCCAAUUUUUGUUAUUUAUAUGCAUCUCAAUAAAAUCUAAUUUUUUGUACUAUUUAUUCAUUCAUGAAAUCUGUUAUUUUUAUAUUUUGUAACUAAAUUAUACAUUAACUGCUUCUUGUAGUUAUGACUACACUUUUGUGGACUUUUCUAACACGUUGUUAAUAAAAAUUAUCUUCUAAG